AUGGGUUUUUUCCUAUCUCAGUCGGGCCGAAAAGAGACUGUUUUGGAUUUGGCAAAGUUCGUCGACAAGGGUGUGCAAGUCAAGCUGACCGGUGGAAGACAAGUUACUGGUACACUGAAAGGAUAUGACCAAUUGCUGAAUCUAGUCCUGGAUGAAGCCGUCGAAUUUCUUAGAGGCAAAUUCAAGCGGUUGAUUGUUGCACUCAGAAAUCCAGAAGACCCCCUGAAGACUACUGAUCAGACUCGUCGCCUUGGCUUAAUAGUUUGUCGAGGAACGGCUGUGAUGCUUGUUUCCCCAACUGAUGGGACAGAAGAAAUUGCUAAUCCAUUCCUUCAGUCUGAUGGGGCAUAA